GACACGCAGUCUUUGACUGACAGUGUGACCGACUAUCCCAUAGAAAAUGGACGGCGAUAUCAUAAAUACCAUGAAGGCUCAUACCCGUAUCCAAAUGACGAGAAGGAACUAGACCGUCUGGACCUGCAGCACCACAUGCUCAAGAUAGUCAACGACGGUCGAUUAUUCUUCGCUCCUAUACAGAGCCCCCGACGAAUCCUGGACGUCGGGACCGGCUCUGGGAUAUGGCCCAUCGAGAUGGCAUCCCUCUUCCCACAAGCCGAAAUCAUAGGCACUGAUCUGUCCCCCGUUCAGCCGACCGAAGUACCCCCCAACGUCCACUUCUUCAUCGACGACGCCACCGAGGAAGACUGGCUGUGGGAACCCAACUACUUCGAUUACAUCCGUGUCGGUCAUCUGAUCGGUGCCUUGGCAUCGUUCAAAGAAAUGUUACGCCAGACCAUGAAACACGUCCGGCCGGGCGGCUACGUCGAGUGCCACGAGUUCGACCCCCGGCCACUGUGCGACGACGGCACCAUGCCACCCGAGAACCCAGAGAGCUUCAGCGAGUUCGCCUUCCACGACUGGUGCGACUUCAACAUCCGCGCUUGCCAGAUGUCCGACCCCCCACGGCCGUUCCGAGUAGCGCAUCGGAUGGCCCGCUGGAUGCGGGAGGUGGGUUUUGUCGACGUCCAGCAACGGAUUUCCAAAGUCCCGCUCAACCCUUGGCCAGACGACCCCCAUCUCAAGCGGAUCGGGGCGUGGAGCGAGACGAACUGCCUCGAGGCACUAUCCGGAUACUCAUACAAACCGUUCACGCUCCUGGGGUGGUCAAAACCCGAGAUCGAAGUCUUCCUGGUCGACGUACGGAAGAGCAUCCAGAACCGCAACGUGCAUGCCUACCUGAAUUAUUAUGUGGUGACGGGACGAAAACCCCGGCCUGGAGAGCAGGCCCAGACACCUCGAUUGCGCCUGCAUGCACCCAAUUGCCCCAUGUCUCUCGGGAGACAUGCCUAUAGGCAUGCAAUUCAGCCACCCUCACGCACCCUCGUCGACCACGUAUGGAUAAGCGAGGACUUCCUAGCGUCGACGUUCCGGCGGUUCGCAAACGGCCAGCAGCGCCGGUACGAGAGCCGGGUGCCGGGACCCCUGGAGGCGAGGAGACGGCUGGCGAAGAGGAGGAAUACGGCGCUGGCGGGCGUUGCGGGCCCGGGGCCGUUGGAUGAUAUUGCUUGUCUGUCCGGGCGCAAUGGGCGCGAUCAUAUGAAGUGGACGACGGAUAGGUCGCAUCCUCGCCAGUUUGACUUUUCUUCGAACAAUCCUUUCGCUUCUUAUAAUCAGGAUGUCCAUCAUCCGCAUGGCUUCGACCCGCCCCCGAGUUGGCCGGUUGGACCGGGCGCGCCUGAUAUACUUUCGACUGGGGAAGCGUUGGUUGCUCGUAUAGAUGCGUGCCGGACGGUUGCGGAUGUUAGGAAUAUCGUGCACCAACUGCGCAUCGAUCUCAUGCGGGAACCGGAAUGCAGUCAGUUGAUAUUUGGCCGGCUGUUGUCGCGCUCGGCAAUUGGACAGGUGUCCACCGAGGAGCUUCUUAUGUUUCUCGAUGACCCGUUCCUGAAUAUCCGCGGGGCAGGGAACUACCAGAGCGUAGCGGAGCACCUUGUGUCGUGCGCGUCGGAUCAACCGGGACGCCAAGCUUUGCUGGAUACGAUUGUUCGUGCUCUCGAGCUGGGUCUGAUUCCGCCUGGGGAGCUGUGCGAUAUUGUUAGGACCGUGUCGAGCCUCCCAGCUGGGAGUGCAACUGUGGAUGGAGAGGGAAUGGGGUCCGCGUUGCUCGUUUAUCGGCAGAUGUGGGAUGCCAUUGGACGGUGUGACAUAUACAGACAUAAAGACCUCGACAGUGCGAUUGUUGACGCAUGGCUUGGGGCGCUUGAAGACGAGACCGGAUGUGAUUAUUUCGGCCUGGCGAAGGAUAUUAUCGUGGCGACUCAACGCCCUGACUUGCUCGACUGUCCCUGGGUAGUGGAGUUUAUCACACGCGAGCUGGAACUUCAUACAGGAUCCGACGUGGAGAGUGACGAAAACCAUGGGGUCCAAAUUCUGCAACACUUCGUUCCGAAAGUUGCAUCGGAAUACAUCAUCGGUGUGACGGAAUCGCUCGUGUCGUCCAAACGGGCAGAUUUGCUGGAGAGAUGGCAGGAUUGCUUAUUACAGCUUGGUGAUGUUUCGGCUCUCGUCAGGGCCCAACGGUGGACUGAAGUCCAAAACCAAACGGCCGCCGCGCCUGGACUUUCACCCCGGCAUCAGAUUGUCCUACGCCUCUGGCUACUACGGACGCUCAGCAGAAACCUUCCGGAAGGGCCACUUUGGCGACGGGCGCCGCGGGCAACUGAUGCACCUGCAUGCGACCUAUUCAACCUAUACCAGUCCAUCGGCAAAGUUCCCACCAAAGACUUUCUACCCACUUUGAUGCAAGCAAUCCACGAGAUGGGCCUGCCCUCCAACGGCCUGCUACUGAUGGCAUCCCAACUCCGAUUCCAAAAGUCUCUCACACCAACAGCCCGUCGAACAUUAAAAGCAAUGGAAUCGCCCCCAGUAUCAUUCGCCGAGAUCUUCUCAGACGUGCACGCUUACAACGCAGUCGCUCCCCACUUCUUCUCCGCCCUGCAAGAAGCCGUCCAGCAGAUCGACAUCACCAACCCCUCAUUCAUCUCGCACAGCAUCGAGCUCGCCCGGACAGGCGACUCCCACAGCGUGUGGACCCUCUUCCGCAUCUUCCGCUCCCACACACCUCUCAAGAUCGCCCUCUCAAUGUCCUGGGAAAUCACACCUCCUACUCCCGACACAGCAUCCCCCACCCCCAGGACUACUUCUUCCUGUCCCAAUCCGCAAGCCGCCCUAGAAAUGAUCAACUCCCUCGCCGUCUCCAUAUCCUGCUCUGAGCGGUUCAGCCCCCGCUGCGCGUACAAGCUCGUCCACUGGCUGUACGUGUUCCUCGUGCGACACGAAGCCCCUGUUAAACCAGCGCUGGUGCGCGCUAUGUACCAUGCUGGGGUUAUGCGGUUUCGGAGAGAGGGACGUCGUGUUUCGGCUACGCAGUAUGCAUUUAUCAUGGCGUUGGUGAGAGAUACGGAGGGGGUGGAUGUUGUGGCGGAGCUUAUGAGCCCUCAGGUAGGGCGGAGUGGGCUUGGGGAUGAGGAGUUUAUGGAGUGA